GGACGGGGUACAAAAUGGAAGCCUUGUCGAAGGCUGGUGCAGGCUGGGGUCAGGAUUUCUGAGUCUGCAAAGUUCCAAGCUUCCUGUACACGUUCGAAGAUCACGAUGACUUCUGUGCUGCGCUUUCGCUCGAUCUGGGGUGUUGAUGCUGGAGUGAACUAUGCAAAUUGGGCCAGAUGGUUUCCCACUCUAAAGUCCCAGAGUUACACCGGAGUGGAAAUCGACAUUGCACCUUUCGAGGAUUUGGCCGCGAUUCGUCGACUUUGCGACGAGGUUGGCCUUGAGAUCAGUGUACUGAUCCAUACCCUCUGGCCCAUGUAUGCCGGUCCGAAGCCCCCGGGUCUCACACCAAGGGAUCACCUUGCGGGUUAUCGCACACAGUUGGAGCGCGCCAAGACGCUCAAGCCAUACAAGAUCAAUGCGCAUUCUGGAGAUGAUCAAUGGUCGGUUGACGAGGCGGUCGAGUUCUUCGAGGGCUCUCUGCUCGUCGAUGCCGAGGUCGGGCUGCAGGGGAAGGUCUGCCACGAGACGCACCGCAACCGAGCCUUUUUCAGUCCAUACUCUACCGCAAGAGUGUUGAAGAGGGUGCCUAGUCUGCGUGUGACGGCCGACUUUUCUCACUUCGUGGUCGUCUGCGAACGCCUGCUGGAUCAAGGCGAGGAGGACAAGGAACUGCUUCGCACAAUCAUACCCCAUGUCAACCAUAUCCAUGCUAGAAUGGGCACAACGCAGUCGUCGCAAUGCCCAGAGCCGACGAACCCAAUCUUCGCGGAGGAAAGACGGUUCUUCGAAGAUUCGUGGAAACAGAUCAUCGAGUCAUUUGCGACUGGCACAUUCAAAUCGGAACCCAUCACAUUUGUUCCUGAAUACGGACCUUUCCCUUACCACCCAUUCGGUGCUGCUAGCGAUUUCUCCGACGUCGCCGACCGUGAAGCCAGCCGUCUCCAUCCGUUGUUUGAAGAGUGGGCCAAAGCUGCUGCGGCACGAUCAUAGGAAUCUCGAACGCAUGGAUACAAACUCUUAGAGCCCGAAUAUUGCGUGGGAUGAGACAUAGGCUCUAGAUUUACAUGGUCAUACGUAGAGUUGUUUUGUUCGCUCUUGCUUAGCUAG